AUGCUGAAGUGCUACGGGGCCACGGAAGAUCUCUGGAUACCGGAUCAGACGCAGCUGCCCCCCGGCUGCUAUUUUCACUCAGCUUAAAGCACCAUGGGCAGCCAGCAUCUACAAUAUGGACUACCAACAACAACCAGUCUGUCUCUGCACGCCAUGAAGUCCACCACAGAGGAACACGAGCAUCCUGCACACGAUACCCUGAGCUUGCCCUCCGACCCUGAUGAGCUCGACAGUGGCAGCGAAAGCUCGGAGAAAUCCACCGGAGCUGGGAGCCCCAUGCAGGGCCACAGGGAGGCGGGGAGACGCAGAGGGGGUCGUAGACUUGCAGGGGUGAGCAAACAACGUCAGGCAGCUAAUGCUCGGGAGCGAGACCGCACACAUAGUGUCAACACUGCCUUCACGGCUCUGCGUACCCUUAUCCCCACAGAGCCGGCCGACAGGAAGCUGUCAAAAAUCGAGACCCUGCGAUUGGCAUCGAGCUACAUUUCACACUUGGCCAACGUGCUUCUGCUAGGGGAGGACUGCAUGGACGGGCAACCAUGUCUGAAAUAUCAUAACAUCUUACAAAGCAACCACAACCUCAAAUCUCCACCGGUUCGACCCAUCUGCACCUUCUGCUUGAGUAACCAGAGGAAAAUGCUUAGAGAUGUGGAAAAGCACACAACUGGGUGACAGCAGAAGUUCUCCCGACUGUCCGCUAC